GUAUAUCUUUAUCGUAGCGAGAUUCCCUAAAGAUUCAAGGCACCACCAAUAGAGGUCACCACUUACUCACAACCAAAAUGUCGUCUCGGCUUCCUCCACCUCCACAUCCGGCAGAGCUCGAUGACCUACGCUCGUUGGAAUCCUCUGGUCGUACCAAAGAUGAGGAAGAGCUUUUGUCGUCAGAUGAGCAAGCCAGUACAAGGAGUCCUCCCCCUCUGGCAGGAAACACUUUGCGGCAAGACGAUAACGACAAGAAAACCGCUGCCCGUUUAGGCGCCAGACUGGCUCAGAAAGAGCGAACAGUUGCAGCACAAAAGGAUACUAUCGCGUCUUUGGAGGAACAGGUCAGCAGACUGAAGGAACUGACACAGGCUUUGAGGCAGCGGGUGAAAACAACGACGACGACGACGACGACUCUAUCUGGUUCUGGUAUAAUACCUGUAACAGCCACGUCACCUGCGUCUUCUGGAGUCGCGUCAACAGUGAUACGACCUUCGAGUGGUAGGUCUGUGGUGCAAGAGCGCUCAACCACUUUGGAACUUCUUGGAGGCACCCACUUUGGAACUUCUACCAGUUCGUCUUUCAGAAGUCCGCAGAGUGGCCAGAAGACGAGGAUAGGGACACGAACUGGCAGAAGUCUACAGUCGGGGACGUUUGCUGGAACCACAACUACUCUUUUGGUAAGGCCAGUGACAUUAACAACUUGUUUUAUUUGAUUGCAUGUUGUAAAAGUAGGAGCUCAACAGAUUGUAAGCCUACUGUAUUGUUCCAACGAGGAACAGCUAAAUCAAAGAAGUUUCAGUUAACAUAAAGGCUCUAAUCUCAGAGGAGAAAGAUGUACCAGCAGCUUGGAAGCCAUUACCACGCAAGAAUAUUCAGAGACCAAGGAAAAAGCCACCUUUUCAGGCUCCGACUCGCAUAGAGCAAAUGGAGGGACCGGCGUCCAGUGAGACGACGAACAAGGCAAAUGAGGAAGGGCUAGAGCCAGACCCGAAUAAACUAUCUAGCAAGGACCAAAAAGUCGAACAAAAGAGCAUCACAACAACAGCUUCGUCUUCUUCAUUGGUUGCGAGUAGCACCGAUCCACCAACAGGAUCACUUCUUCACGCUCCUUUCGUGUUUGAGCAUGCUAAGUUUUUCCAUACCCUAGUAUCCGCACAAUUGGGCCGUCCAGAGAACGAAGAUGUGCUAGAAGCUUUGCUGGGAGAAGCCUUACGGGAUCGAUUUGCUAGCAGAUGUGCGAAAAUGAUGCUGGAGAUCAUGAGCCUGUUUUUGGUGUCGAAGAACCUGUGCGCCACUUCUGCUUCUGUCGAAGAUCCUGCAACGACGACAAAAGGUGCAACAAGCACAGACGGGAAUGGGAGUGGAAGUGAGAGGGUUGUUGCUAGAAGUGGGACAGAAGACCAUAAGAGCGCUAGAAGUACAACAGAAGACCACGGUGGGACACUAGGACAAACGGAGGGUCCUCGUCUGGGACGUAGUCGAUUGCAGAUGAGCUUCCUUCCGCAAUGGCUCCGGAUGGUUUGUGAAGUGCUAGGAGCGAAGCAGGUAUUUCCAUGAAGAAGUUUUCAUCGCUUAGAAGUAGUAUAGUCUGUUUGUUGUGCAUUGGCAACUUCGGAACCGACGUUGUUGUGCCAGGGGAGCUGCCCGAUGUGCAGGAUCCAUAACCUAACCUAACCGAACUUCGGUCGUCUGUUCAUGGUCCCUCCAUAGAAACCGAAACUCUCAGCUGUUGAUAUGAUCUAAGUCCCUCUACAACUUUCACCAGGGCGUCCUAUAUGAAGUCGUUUUUAUGAUCUAAGUCCCUCUACAACUUUCACCAGGGCGUCCUAUAUGAAGUCGUUUUUAUGAUCUAAGUCCCUCUACAACUUUCACCAGGGCGUCCUAUAUGAAGUCGUUUUUAUGAUCUAAGUCCCUCUACAACUUUCACCAGGGCGUCCUAUAUGAAGUCGUCGCACGAAAGAACGCACGUGAGGAGGCUGAGUUGCAUGCACGCGCGGCGACGGGGACUGACUGGGGGAGGGCUUUUUCAGGCAAGGCAACUGCUGCAGAAGACGUUUACCGUACUGGGAAAACAAUUCGGGCUAAUAGAGCAGAACGAAAUCGCGUGUGGGCGGUUGGGAAAAGUUUGCUUAUGGUUUACGACUUUUUAGCUUAGAAACUGUCAUCUUCUACUACGACAUCACAAUCAAAAAGUAGAUUUGCCACCGCCACUUGAGGAUAGAAUGACAGCUUCAACUUGGGAUGCAAUCUGAGCACGGUCUCGUUGGUGUUGACUGCAGAGUAGACACCGGACGCUCUGUCUUCUAAUUCCCUGUGUGUGCCGAUAAGAGCAAAGGAGCAGUCGAGAUCAGCGACUACUGGGCGCCAAACGAAGACAGGUGACACUGACACAUUGCCAUUAGUGGGAUGCCUCGAAUUGACAGGGAAGGCUCUCUAUAACGGGGACGGGGAGUCGGACUUUACCAGUGCGGAUCAAGAAGCCGCGGAGGGGUUAGCGAAGCUGAUUGCUGGUUUGUUUGAGUAGGAAAUACACAUAUAAUCAAGAUCAGUGUCGGAAAUGAAUACUUCAGGUGCUGGGGGUUGAGUGUUCUAUCAUGUAGUCUCUGCAAGAAGGGUUCUAUAUGAAGUGUAAGGCUAAUGUUCUUCUGCUCUUCUGCAAUGUAUCGUAUUCGGUUUUUGCAAGAUGAAAAUGUGGUAAUAACACUCAGGUGCAUGUCACUCACACCCAUAGAUAUGGAUGAGUAUCCUUGAUGAAGCCUAGUAGGCGAACACGUGUGUGGUGACGAUAUCAAGCUGAAGGAUUUACUGUUUGUUUCGACGACUGUAAUGAAUGAAUGCUGAUGUAAACCAAAAAGUAUUCAAAGUGACUUGCAAUCUGUUGUAUCUCGUUCGUAGUACAAAGUUAGGCUCAAAAUUAUUGAAGCAGCAAGGGUUCUGCAUCAGCCGUCAGUGAGUUUGAACUUGGAGUUUCUCAUUGAACACUUCACAAAGUGUGAACUGUGAUUGAUCCAGACUUUCAUGGUAUGAGCAGCACUUAUUGAAACAU